UUAUUAACAUUUAUUUUUUAUUUUAAACGUUAGUAGAACAAAAUGGAAAACAGUGUCACAAUUCCCAAAGAGCAGUUACUCAUCUCACUGGUGGCCCAGGAGCAAGCCCUCUACAAUCCGAAGCAUCAAAACUAUAGAAGCACCAAGAGCAAAGAUGAAAAAUGGAAUGAAAUUGGAAGUCAUGUGGGUUGGACGGGCACUCAAUGCAAGGCCAAAUGGAAGGCACUGCGGGAUCAAUACUGUCGCGAACUGAAACGUGCCAAAACCUGUGUCAAAGCCGUAAAAUGGAAAUACUAUAAAGAGCUUGACUUUCUACGUCCCUAUGCUUUGGCAAGAAAUUACCGGGGAAGGACCACACAGAUUGUGGCAGGCCAACAACAAAUUGUUUCCACAAAUCAAUCGUUUAAUAGCAACAGCAGCAGCAGUGGAGGUGGAGCUGGUGGUGGCCAUAAUCUAAAUCUCGCUGGUAGCAUUAAAAUUGAAGAUGCCACACCAACUAAUAAUCAUCAUUUAUUGAGCAAUUGUGGCUUUGUCCCAUCAUCCCAAGGCCAAGGUGGCACAGUGAACAAUAAUAAUAAUAAUAAUAGCAACAACAACAGCGGCGAUAAAAAUGUCUCAUCGACGACAACGACAACAACCUCCUCUUUCAUAAUUCAACAGCAGCCAACGCAACAACAACAACAACAACAACAGCAUCAUCAGCAGCAGCAGCUGGAUAACAAUUGGAAUUAUCUAACCACAGAUGGUGGAACUAAUGCAGUACAGACAUCGAAUGUUAUUCAUGCCACAACAGUUGAUAGAUUAUACAAUGAUUAUGUUGAUUGUCUUCAUGCAUCAACUGCUGCUGCUAUUGCUGCUGCAAAUGCGCCUUCUUCGUCUACUCCCUCUGCCGGGACUUCGGGCACAGUGAAUGCCGAUUUGGAGGAAGAUGAUGAUCCGUUGCAUACAUUUCUAAACAUGGAAACCUAUUUUGAAAAGGAACUAAUAUCGCAAGUACAACAGGAGGAUAUGAUCUAUAAUUAUGGCAAUGAGAAUUAUCGUAAUGCAAAAUUAAAAAUGGAAGUAUGGGAGGAAAUUGCAAGGAAAUUGAGGAAAUCCGUGAAACAAUGCCGCCAAAAAUGGAAAGCCUUGAGAGAUCAAUAUGCUCGGGAGCAUAAACGUCUACGCACAUUGAUGCCGCAUUUGGAUAGCAUAUCAUCGCGCUGGAAGCAUUAUGACUCGUUAAAUUUUUUACAAAAAUACAUACAGCAAAAGACACUUGAUAACAAUAAUGCCACGGCCAAUGAUGGGUCACAUUUCAAUAUGUUGCUGCCCAAACAUGUUCCGGUUAGAGAUCUAGAAGCCCCCCCAAAUACGCCACCGCCAGCAACAGCUUCAGCUCAAAGUACUCAAGUCCAGCAAUCGAGUCCUGUACAGACUGGUUUAGCUUUGCCACCGCUCACUGGGCCACAUAAGGUCGAGAUGGAAGAGGAUCAACAGCAGCAACAGCAACAGCAACAACAACAACAUCAGUCAGCAAGUGAUCUCUGUGUGGCUAGUUAUGAUGAAAUGGAUAUAGAAAAUUAUAUCAAUGGCGAUGUUCCACAUACUAAUGAAGAUGAUGAUGAUGACGACGAUGUUGAUGAUGAUGAAGAAGACGUCGAAGAGGAGGAGGAGGAAGAAGAGGAAUUGGAUGAAGAUGAGGAAGAUCAAGAAAUGGUUGUUACAGUAGAUGCGCCAAUUCAAGCAUCACCACAGCAACAACAACAGCAACAUCAAGAACAUCAACAGCAGCAGCAGCAACAACAACAACAGCAGCAACAACAAUCCCAACUUGAAGUCAGCUAUAACACAAAUGAGAAUCCCAUUUAUAUGACCCUCACCAAACAAGAGGAACAACAGCACCCACCAACAACAUCUGUUGUGGAAAUACCCACAAAUUCUCAUCCAACUUCCAGCCAUGGUAACAACCUCAACUCACGUUACUCACUGCCUGCUCCGACUCUCAAUGAUGAUGAUGAAAUUGGUGCCUUCUUUAAGGCAGUGGCCAUGAAAAUACGUAAUGCCCAGCUGGAACCUGUGGCCUUUACGGAUCUCCAAAUUGAUAUUCUGCAUGUCAUCAACAAGGCAUUAAGGAAUCACUAAAAGAUGAAUCCCAUAAAUCGGAUUCUAAGAGUUGACGCGAAUUUUAUGCCUGUUUAGUUUUCUUAAAUGUUGUUUUAAUUUCUAUUUUUUUUUCCCCCGUUGAGGUUUUCCAAAGUUAUCAUUUUUGUUCACAUUUGAAAUCACACAGUAAGGUAAAUACAUACAUAUGUAUAUAUGUAUGUAUGUAUCCUACAUAUAUGUAUUAUAGAAGCAAUUUUUUUUUUCAAAAAAUAUCCAUCUAGAUUUAAGAGAAUAUAUUUUCGGAAAAAAGAAUAUUAAAUAAAAACAAAAAUAAUGAUA